CCAGCUUUUAAAAUAUAUUUUCACACCAUUUUACAUACGUAUUAUCUGUGCUCGUGCAUGACGCAGGACAGCAGCCAACUAACAUAUCUCCUAUUCCAUCUACGUCAAAGCAGACAGUUAAUAAACCAUCGACUGCUAGCCCUGCUAUGAGUCCAUCUAUUCUUUGUGACGCAGAAUUUCAACCAGAAGUACUUCAGGAGGAAGCUGCUGUAAGCCCAGCUCCAAUUCCAACCAUAUUAUGUGCAACACCAACACGAGCUGCUAUUCGGGAGGAACAUAUCGUCAGAUCUACCGCAACUCCGUCAAAAUCAUAUUUUAAUGAGACCGAUACUAAUGACGAUGAAACAGUAACUGACUUUGUUGAUAUUCUAAAAAUUGUGAGGCCACUGCCACAACAACUCAUGAAGAAACGAGAUUGA